CCUGUCCUGAGCUCUGGACUACUCUAGCUCAGCUCUCCACCUCCGACCGAUCCCGCCGGCUCUCUACGACUGGUUGCUACCACUCGCUCCCCACUGUACGACGCCGUCGCGUGCCCAUGGCCAAUGGCCUGUCCGAGGCCAGGGAUGCGCAGGCCCAUCACUCUCGUUACACGCACUCUACACUGCCGAAUCGACGACUUAGUCACUUUGCACUUUAUCAUGUCGGAGACGAUCACCGCGCCGGGCCUCUUUGAGAAGACGUUCAGCACCAACGAGACUCUCCACGGUCUCUACUUGGACGUGCCAGGACGCGUUAUCGUCCGCGCCAACGACGGCGGCAACGCCACCGACGUCACGAUCGCGUCCAACUCGGCCGCGCUCCUCAACCUCGUGCUCGCUGAUGUCACCUACCGUUACUACAAGGGCACCAACAACUCGUACUUGAACCUCACGCACGCGUACCCGGACGCCACGACCGCCGGUGCCCUCGUCGUGACCGUCCGCGCCAACGCCCCCGUCUCGUACAUCUCGUCCCAGGCGCAAACUGUCGUCCACGAUGGUGCGCUGGCGUCGAGCGCGCAGGCCAACGUGACGCUCCGGGCGUACGACGCCGGCUCGAUCCACUACGCCUCGAACGCCUCGCUCGCCGCAUACAACCUCAAGCUGGACGCGGCGGAUGCGUCUACUGUCCAAGUCUCGUCGUCGUCGCUCAAUGUCACUUACAAGCUCAGCUUGACGGCCGAGGACCGUGGCGUGGUUGCGCUGGCCGCUGACGUUGCUGUUGUGCCGUCCGCCAAAGCCGUGGCCCAAGAUGCCGGCGCCGUCUACCUGCAGGCGGUCGACCACGUCGAAGUUGGAAAGCUUGUCGUCGACGCCGAGGACCUCGGCCGCGUCAACGUCUACCCCCACGGCACGUGCGUCACGGGCAAGAUCACCGCCGAAGACGCUGGUGUCGCCAACGUCGGGUCGGUCGUGUGCCAGGACGUGUACGCGUCGGCGUCUGACGGCGGCGCCGUCACGGUCCAGGUGACGGGCGUCCUCUCCGCGUCGACGCAGGGCUACAGCGUUGUGCAGUACUUCAACGCGACGCCCCUCGAACUGCCCAAGACGCGCCGCCCGUCCAAGAAGCACAGUGUCCGCGGCCCGAACGUUCUCGCGACGCCCAACAACACGUUCGACUCGUUUGUGUUUACGCAAUCGCCGCUCGAGACGCCGAUUGCCGUCAAGUUGUUCCCGCGCUUGACCAAGUCGUACUGGGGCGGCAGCUGGACGACGCUCUCGGCCGUGUCGUCGCCCGCCGAAGCUGGCAGCCUCUUUGCCGUCGUCGCCGUCUGCGUACUUGCCUUGGUGCUUGUCGUUGUCAAGCGCUCGGGCCGUGGUGUCCGCUACCACCGUAUCCAGUGAUCGCAAAUCGACGAGAUCUGAGAUCUGAGAUGCAGAACCAAAUGAAACUGUCCGUGUGUUGAUUGGUCGAUUACGUUGCCCUUUCUGCGGCAAUAAGAUUAUAAGAUUGGGUUCCUGCGGAGUGGGCUCGUGAAAACCUUUUUUUGAGAGGAAGUGCACCGGC